UUAUCGAAUUUUGAUGAAAUUUCUAGAAUUUUGCUGAAUUCUAUUUCUAGCCCGGACUCGGGCCCGGACUACCCCUUUUAAGGCCAGCAUAGGCCCUAUCCAACCCCAUGCCAGUUCCAGUACAGGCAUAUAAGGGGUAUUCCCUUCGUAUUGUUCAAAAUCGCGUCGGGGCGGGCAUCGUUUUAUAUCGACUCCUUAUUGCUCCAAUGAACCCGAAUAUCCCUAUAGAUUGUUGAGCGACUGAAUAAUAUUUGGUGCUACCGAGCUGAAUGAUGCAUGAGCCUUCUUUACAGCAGCGAACCUUAUCUGCACGGAAUUUGAUCUUAUUUUGGUGACGUAAUACAUCAUGGCGUCUGAUUUCUCAGGGCCGUUUGAACAAGAUCGACUGAACAGAGAAAGGCGACACGCAACAUGGUCAUGUGCGAAACACAACACGCCAAUCAAAUUCUACUGCGAACAUCACGUGAUAGCUAUAUGCAAUAUAUGUGUCACUGAGAACCAUAUAACUUGCAACAAUGAGAACAUAGAGGAUCUUAUAAGGGAAAUGAAAACAGAAACAGAUACUGGACAAAGGAAUGAGUAUUUACUCAAUGUUCAAGAAGGUAUAAAAUCUUGCAAAGCAGUUGCAGCUUUCGAUUUGACAUUGGUUCAAACAGCUGUUCAAAAUGCUUACGAUGCUAAAAUUGAAAAUGAAAAAACAAUAAAGCGGGAAAAGGAAAGAGAAAUAAAUGCAGAAGCAGAGGAAAAAAUAGGCCGAAUCAAUGAGGAGAGGGCGACAAAGUUAAGGUUCUGUUACAAGUAUGCUGAUAAACAAAUAGAGCCUUUGGAGCAGCAGAAGAAUGAAAUUCUUAAGGAAAUCUCGCUCCUUAAAGAAAAGAUCGAAAACUUAGAGAUGGACUUCAAAAAGAAGGUCACCAUCAUUCACGGAAUGUGUGACAAGGUCAAAGAAUUAAAACAAGACGACUGUGAUUUGAUGAAAAAUACCUAUCAAGUCUUGAAAUUGAUUCGCUCAUUACGUGAUAAAGAAGGUUGCCAAGCAGUUAGAAAGCUGGAACACAUUCUGCGCAACGUCAGGUUCGUCAAAGGCUACAUCAAUAGCUCAUUCUGUGGGCGACUAGAAUGCUCCAAUUAUAUGCGGUGGAAACACAUAAAGACUAUCGAUGUACAAGGCAUUGAAAAUCCAGUGAAGGUGCCAAAAUUUGUGGGCUUGGUGGGAUACGAUAGCAUUGCUGUGACAAAUCAUGAACAAACUGAUCUCGGACUAUAUGUAAUUAAUCUCAGUCAAGGCACAUCUAUCAGAGCAGUCGAGGGCAAUCCCGAUACAUACUUUGUUGCCUGUUCCUCUAUUGACCGGAGCAGGAUAGCAUGCGGAAAGUUCCGCAAAGGAUGUACUGGGGACAUUUUGGACAAAUGUGUAACUGUACACGACGACAACUGGAAUCAGAUUCGGAACAUUCCUAUACCAAGAAUCGAUUACAAUUAUGCGUAUGUGGAUGUUGGAUCAGAUGGUAAGAUCCUUGCCGCGAUUUAUGGACAGUCAAGCAUCCAUAUCAUCAACCCUGACAAUGGAGAGAUUGAGGACACGAUUAACUUCUCGGGAAAGGAAAUCCGCGGUCGGAUCCACGCAUUGUCAUCAGGGAGCAUCAUCGCACGUAGUGGUGAUUGCGAAGUCACCGUCAUCACAAGAAAUGGGGAAACAAAGUCUCAUGUCUACGACGAAGGGGACUUUUCCUUGUUUCGAUCAGAGACUCUAACGGACACUAUAUUUGUGACCAACUGGAAUAAGACCAGUGGAAGGUGUACCGUUGGUCAGAUGUCUCUGGACGGUGAAAUCAAGGUGAAAGGGGAAGUAGGUUUUAACGACCCGAGCACAUCUUUUUAUCGAAGUGCAUGCUUGGUGACUCCGUCUGGAAAGCUUGUUUUGUGUGACGAAAAACAAAUAUUUGUAUAUAAGAAGCAGUUUGAUAUUUAAUGGAUACCAACACCAGGAUAAAACGGAUCAAUAUCACCCUAUCAUGUAGAAAGAAUGAAACGCACGUCGUCAACCUUGGGUAUUCGUUUUGGGGUUAAUAAUCUUGUUAGGUGCUAAAAUGCAUUCAAAUUGGAUGGUUUGCAAUUUUUAGUAAUCAUGUAUUUAUUCAUUCAAGACUCUAGAGCCUACUCACUCAGCUUUAUGAGACUAUGGUUCCAUGCAGAUCAGGGUUAUCACUCAGUUUUAUGAGACUAUGGUUCUAUGCAGAUCAGGGUUAUCACUCAGUUUUAUGAGACUAUGGUUCUAUGCAGAUCAGGGUUAUCACUCAGCUUUAUGAGACUAUGGUUCUAUGCAGAAUAGGGGUUAUCACUCAGCUUUAUGAAACUAUGGUUCCAUGCAGAUCGGGGUUAUCACUCAGCUUUAUGAGACUAUGGUUCCAUGCAGAUCAGGGUUAUCACUCAGCUUUAUGAGACUAUGGUUCCAUGCAGAUCAGGGUUAUCACUCAGCUUUAUGAGACUAUGGUUCCAUGCAGAUCAGGGUUAUCACUCAGCUUUAUGAGACUAUGGUUCCAUGCAGAUCAGGGUUAUCACUCAGCUUUAUGAGACUAUGGUUCCAUGCAGAUCAGGGUUAUCACUCAGCUUUAUGAGACUAUGGUUCUAUGCAGAUCAGGGUUAUAAUCCACCUUCACAGGAGAGGGGGGG